CCAGUAGCAUACACCCUGAUUUCGGUCGAAGACGGGGCGAUCAUCGCUACAUCAAGCUCACAGCCAGCACUCUGAUACCCUGGAGGUAACUAGCAACUUGGCUCCGGUCCUCACGGAGAAGGCUAGCGAAGGUCCUCCGGCCGCGAGGCGCACUUUCAGCCUUGUGUGUCUCCGAGUUCUGAGCCGGAAGUCAAGGCGAGCUCGUCGUAGCUAGCCACCUGUCAGUCAAGAUGUCCAGCAGUCUGACGGAGCGCCAGAAGGAGGAGCUACACAAGUCCCUGCUAGACUACUUUCAGACGCAGGGCUUUACAUCUUCCUUCGAUGCUCUCAAGCUGGAUGCUGGACAGGAGGGCUUCACAAUAGACCCAAAGGCCAAAUAUGCGGGUCUAUUGGAGAAGAAAUGGACCAGUGUGAUCAGAUUGCAGAAGAAGAUAAUGGAGCUCGAGACUCGCAACGCUCAACUCACCGAAGAAUUAGCAGCAUCACCAAGCUCGCGCCGUGCGGCUUCUCUGACAGAUUGGGUACCACGGAACCCGCCUCGUCAUACACUGCAAGGUCAUCGGUCACCCAUCACAAGAGUAGCCUUCCAUCCAGUCUUCAGUCAGAUUGCCAGCUGCUCAGAAGAUGCGACUAUCAAGAUUUGGGAUUGGGAGACAGGAGAAUUUGAGAGGACACUGAAGUCGCACACGAAGCCGGUUCAGGACGUUGACUUUGAUUCGACAGGGAAUCUGCUAGCUUCUUGCUCUUCUGACCUCACCAUCAAAAUUUGGGAUACCGCUAACCAGUGGACCUGUGUAAAGACUUUCCACGGCCACGACCAUUCCAUCUCCUCCGUCCGCUUCCUUCCUGGCGACGACUACCUUAUCUCUGCCUCGCGGGAUCGCACCAUUCGAGUCUGGGAGCUCUCGACCGGCUACUGCUCCAAGACACUAGAGGGCCACUCCGACUGGGUGAGGUGCGUCACGCCUUCUUCUGAUGGCCGACUGAUCGGCAGUUGCGGCAAUGAUCAAACGGGCAGGAUCUGGGAUCGUAGCAAGGGGGAGACAAAGGUGGAGCUGAGGGGCCACGAGCAUGUAGUCGAGGCUAUUGCCUUUGCUCCAGUUGCGGCCUACGCAGCGCUCAGAGAAUUGGGAGACGUCAAGGCGCCAGCAGCCAAAGGCGCAGACACUACACCUGGUCAAUUUGUAGCUACAGGAGGAAGGGACAAGGUCAUCAAGAUCUGGGACACUUCGACUGGGCAAUGCAUUCGUACCCUAGUGGGCCACGACAAUUGGAUCAGAGGCGUGUGCUGGUCGCCCAAUGGCAAGUUCCUCCUCUCCUGCUCGGACGACAAGACGGUGCGCGUAUGGGACCUCAAGGCGGGCGCGAGGUGCAGCAAGACCAUCGACGCCCAUCAGCACUUUGUCACUAGCAUCACCUGGGCCAGAGCCAAAACAGAGCCGACGGCGGCAGCUCUACCGAAGCAAGACGGACCCGUUGGGUCUCCCUCGGCCUCGAGAUUGACAAACGGGGCAGCGGCAGCAGCAGCGGCGGAUGCAUCGAAAGUUGUCAAUGCCGUGGUGACUACGAGCGUGGAUCUGACCAUCAAGGUCUGGACACCUUGAGAGCAGAGCGGAUACUUGAUGCCUCGCAUCGACUCGCCUGCUGGGACCCAUCUCCCGUGCGGUACCACGAGGGGUCUCAUCACAGCUAUACCUUCCCUCCCUUGUCAGUGUCUCGUCUCUUUCUACUUCGAGUCAUUGACUUGCACUCCGCAACACACACUACACGA